AUGGCACAUACGGAAACGAGAUGGAAUGAAUGUAUAGCCUGGAUGGAUAGUCCCCCUUUCUUUUUAGUUGACCAGUUGCAGCUGGAUAAUGUAACCGCCAACACUGGUUAA